CACGGGCGGAACAACUAAACGAGCGCUCACACAUCACCAACAGAAAGUUUCUCUUCCUGAACGCGUCAUCAUUUACCCGCGUUUGUUGAACAACCCACUUUGUUUGGCGGGACUGAGCAGAAGAGAAGCAGCUCCAGCAUCUACUCGGAACGAUGCAGUUUCCUAGCAGAAGAAAGAAGUUCAAUACCAACCUUCAGACGGAGCUGUAUGGCCAUCCCCUGCAGUUCUACGGGCAGCCUCCUCUUGAAAACAUCUCUCUCACUGAAUUUGAGGCAUUUGCUGUGGAUCGACUGAAAUUGUUGAAGACCAUUGAGAAUUUGGGAGUGAGCUAUGUGAAACUAUCGGACCAGUACAAAAAGAAGCUGGAGUCUGAGUCGAAUGCCCUCAACUUUCUUUACAGAGAUGCGGCGCCGGAUGACAAAAAAUCUCAGAGUGGACUAAGUGAAUAUGACAAACGAAGGAAGGACCACAUCUCCCACUUCAUUCUCAGACUCGCCUACUGCCAAACGGAGGAUCUGAGACGGUGGUUUAUACAACAGGAAGUUGAUCUUUUCCGCUACCGCUUCGAUGACCUGCAUCCAAAACAAAAGCUUGAAUUUCUUCACAGAAAUAGUCUGCAGUACGACACAAUUAGUGUCGAGGAGAAGAAGGCUCUGCAGGAUAAACUUGUCAACUCCAGUUACAACGUCAGUGGAAUCACUGUGGAGAACCAGGACUUCUACAAAGUUCCAUUUCAAGAUGCCCUGGAUCUGGUGCGAACAAGGAAAGUGUAUCUCAAAGCAGGCUACGUGUACAUCCCUCACCAGGACAUUGUCACCAUCGUUCUCAACGAUUUCCGCACCAGGCUAUCUAAAGCUCUUGCAUUGACAGCCCGCUCGCUACCAGCAGUGCACUCUGAUGAACGGCUCCAACCGCUCCUUAACCACCUCAGUCAUGCCUAUGUGGGGCAGGAUUACAGCAUCCAGAAGAAUGUUGGGAAAAUCUCCUUGGAACAAAUCGAUUCACUUGCAGGAAAGUCAUUCCCACUCUGCAUGAGGCAGCUCCACCAGACCCUCAGAGAGGACCACCAUCUCCGACACGGUGGUCGCAUGCAGUACGGCCUCUUCCUCAAAGGUAUCGGCCUCUCGCUGGAGCAAGCACUGCAGUUCUGGAGGUCGGAGUUCAUAAGAGGCAAAGUGGAUUCAGACAAGUUUGACAAAGCAUAUGCCUACAGCAUCCGCCACAUGUUUGGCAAAGAAGGCAAGCGAACAGACUACACCCCCUACAGUUGCAUGAAGGUGAUUUUAUCAAACCCACCCAGCCAAGGCGACCAUCAUGGAUGUCCUUUCCGUCACAGUGAACCAGAGCUGCUGAAGCAGAAGCUUCAGUUCUACAAAGUGUCUCCCAGUGGGAUCAGUCAGAUCAUGGAGCUGGUUAAAGGAAUGCACUAUCAGCUGGCGUGCCAGAAGUACUUUGAGCUGACACACAAUAUUGAGGAGGCCAAUUUCUCACUCAAUCACCCCAACCAGUACUUCAUAGAGAGCCAGAAGGUUUUGAACGGAGGCAAGGACAUAAAGCGAGAGAUGGACGCUCCACAGAGGUCGCAGGAAAACUCGGCCGCCAGAGGAUCCAGCGCCGCUCAAGAGGCAGCGGCAAACGCCUCCCAGGGUGUGGCUGAGAUGACGGAGGACCUAGACGCUUUCUUUCAAGACGCCUGAUUUUUUUAUUUUAUAUGUACAUAUAUAUAUGUUUUUUUUUUCUGAGGACUGGAGGUUGGGGGUGGUUCAUAUUCUAAGUCAAGUGUUAAAGUUGAAUAUCUGUCAUUUCUCUGAUAUAGGGCUCAUGUUCUCAACACAGCACACUUUGAGUUCAUCUUGAGUGGACAUGAUUCAAACUCCCAACAUCAGACCAAAGCAGAGUUGUCUACCUUAAAAAUUCCUCACGUCACCGACACAGCGUCAUUCCUUUUUACUGUUUAAGCCGAGUAUUAAAAGUAGUCUCUCAUUUUUUGUUUCCUUGUUUUCACUCCGGUCUGAACUCAGAUGGCUUAUAUCCAGCCUCAGUGCACUGUGUUUUGGCAGGGACGUGGUUGAGGGGGGUGAUGAGUAGAACAUUACCCAGCUGUCUCAGAAACAAUGUCAUUGUAUUUGCUGGCAGGAGUAUGGAUGAAUGGUGGCAGGAGGAUGGAAGAAAAUAAACAAUUUCCACAGUUGUA